AUGGUCGGGCAGGCACACGGCCGCCCCGCGCCGUCCUCAUCGACUCACGUGACACGUCAUCACAUCCAUAUGGCCAUUUGAUCGAGGAGACUGAUCUCGAUUGCUUUCCGUCCAAUCAGAGUCUCCGACGACCUUCGUCACUCUUUGACCGCUUCGCUGCACCCGUCGCGAAUCGAUCAGAAACUUCCGCUUGGCUCCCACUCGGGUCGAACGCAUCUCGUUUGACGUGACGUGUCUACGAACAUGACGAUCCUCGAUCCUUCCCACCCCAAGGCAAGUCACGCCCAGUCACCAAAAUAUUACUGUCGAUUCCAAUGCUCAUCAUCACGGUCGCAUUGCAGGCCCAAAUGGCUCCCGCACGUCCUCAAAACGGCGCAGGCUCGGACGCCGACCUCGAAGGGUUGCCCUCGUACAGCCAAGUCGCUUCCACCUCCUCACCCCCUGGCAUGCCUUCGUCGUCCUCUGCCUCUGGCUCAGGCUCGGUCCCUCAGACCAUGAACCCCUUCGCGAACCCCUUGACCCCUCAAUCGACCUCCAGCACCUAUGCCCCCGAACCACUUUCCUCCCUCAACCCUGAAGCACGCAAGAAGCUGGCUCAAGAAGCGCAAGCUUCUGGUCGAUCGAUCGACGAUUAUGGAUUCCUACCGCAAACUCCGUCGGGUCCGAACCCUACCCCACUUGAAUCGACGCUUCCGAGUUUCGAAUCGGAAGAAUUGGCCAGUCGGUUCCCUUAUUCGAUCGAUUCAAAGGGCAAUAUCUCAACCUACUCCUCCAAACUCAAUCACAACCCUUCGGCGUUAUCGAGGUUCCUCAAAUUACAUGCCGAGUCACCCCCCUCGCUGACGAUCCAUUUAAGAGGAAGUCAUACCGAAGCGCGAGUCGAACGUCGCACCGAACAAGAUCACCAUGGUAAACUCCGAACAAAGGAAGUCGAAGUUCGGGAAGAGGUGGAGGAUUUCGAAUUCUACAUCGACGCAUCCGAAUACGUCGAACAAGGUCUAGGCGAAGGAGGAGUAAAGGGGUUAUUGUACCAUGUUGGGGACUGGGAGCCGGCUUAUAGGGGUGGGAAUUGGAGGACGGUCGAAAAGAGUCGAGAGGAAUUGGACGCGACCUUCCAAAGAGGCGAUCAUGAAUCGACGACGCAACCUGUUUCCCUCUCGGCCACUACGCACGAGACGAACGUUCCUAGUCAUCCUAGGCCGAGCAAGAACGGGAAAUGGAAGCGCAGCUCCUUACGCCAGGUGCAUGCGUUCUGGCGUCAGUUCCAACAACGUGCUCAAAGCGGACUGCCCUCGUUCGUCCAUCCCGCGUCUCUCGUGGACCUACAAGACGAUGAAGAACGCUCCAACGUCGAUCAACUCGAACACCCCGCAUUGAUGUUCCGAAGUCAUUGGGUCGAUCUCGUCGAAGCCCACGCGAGCGUAGCGUACGGAUUGACCAAGUCCAGUCGCUUACCUCUCCCCAGUCCUACGUAUGAUGUCUUGAUCAAGGAGAGGGAGGAGAGAGAAGGGCAGGUGAGGGAGGUGGUGGAACAGUAUUGUCGGUGCCGGAGCGUGUGGAAGGAGUUGAAGGUUGAGAAGGAGGUGUUUGGGUGGAAUUUGCAGCUGUUGGAAUCGGUCAGUCAUCUACCACGAGCUCCCACCCUCGAAUAUUCUGGGGUUCUGACCAUUCUUCCCCUUUUUCUACCACCCAGGGCAUCCGCUCGAUUCUGCAAACCGAGUACCAACCCCUGCACCCAACCGGAACGAUCCAAAUCAGCAUCCAACUGCGUCCCACCGAGAUCCUCAUCCGACCCGAGAACUGGAUCUCCCGUAUCCUCUCUUCCCCCUGGUACAUCAAACUCAUCCUUACCCUCUUCACCGUCUACCCCAUCCUCUACCUCCUUUCCUACUUCCUCUCCCAUCGAUUCCAUAACCUCCGCGUCGCGUUCCCUUUAACGAGAUGGCGAAGGAUCCCGAACCUUUCCCCCGGUGCCGAGAUCGAAACGGCUCGGUCGGCAGCUCAAGCGUUGAGAUCGAGUCGGACGAGGGGGGAAAUCAGGGUAGCCAAGUUGCCUUCUGUUUCGGUUUUCGAUGACGAGUCCGAACCGGGGCAGGUCGGAUGGGUUGCUUUGAUUGGGGUCGAGGAGACGGAGGCCGUUUCGAGGUGGCAGAUGGCUUUGAGGGAAGGGGUGAAGAGGGGCGUCAGGGGGAGGAAAUUGGCGAUCAUUUGA